GUGGAAAUCCUUGAUUGGAAGACAAAGAAACAGCUAUGCUUCCUAGAGAAGGUGGAACCAAAUGCCACAAUUAGGGAAAUCAGAUCGAUGUUCCAUAAAUUAUAUCCUCGGUGGUAUCCAGCAAGGCAGUCGAUAAAACUUGAUCCAAAAGGAAAGUCCCUGAGGGAUGAGGAAAUCCUGCAGCACCUCCCUGUUGGCACAACUGCUACCUUAUACUUUAAAGAUUUAGGGCCACAGAUAGGAUGGACUACGGUAUUUUUGAUAGAAUAUACAGGUCCAUUGUUCAUCUAUUUUCUGUUUUAUUUCCGCAUGCCUUUUGUCUAUGGACUGGAUGAGAGGUUUACAUCAAGCCCGCAUCCAGUAGUUAACUUGGCAUGUAUCUGCCAUUCUUUCCACUACAUCAAAAGGUUGAUUGAAACAGUAUUUGUUCAUCGGUUCUCCCAUGGGACUAUGCCACUGAGGAAUAUUGUGAAGAACUGCUUGUAUUACUGGGGAUUUGCAGCUUGGCUUGCUUAUUACAUCAAUCAUCCUCUUUACACUCCUCCUUCUUAUGGGAAAAAACAGAUAAAUUUUGCUGUGAUCAUGUUUCUGCUGUGUGAAGCUGGAAAUUUUUCCAUUCAUGUUGCGCUCAGUAACCUCCGAAGAAAUGGAUCCAAAACCCGUAAGAUCCCAUAUCCAACAAAGAAUCCUUUCACAUGGCUGUUUUUCUUUGUAUCUUGCCCUAACUAUACAUAUGAGGUGGGGACUUGGAUCAGUUUCACUGUCAUGACUCAGUGUGUUCCAGUGGGGCUAUUCACCUUGCUUUGCUUCAUUCAGAUGACAAUCUGGGCAAAGGAUAAACACUGCACCUACCUACGAGAAUUUAAGGAUUAUCCAAGUCUUCGAAUGCCAAUUAUUCCAUUUUUGUUGUAAGAAAAAAAGGUUUAGUUUCAAUAUUGCACGGAACUUUAAGAAGAAAAAGCUCAUAAACCUCUUGCUAAAUAAGUGAGUUAAUUAAAAGGAUUUUUGUGCAUGUUGAAUCUCCACUGCUGAGGGAAAUUGUAUGCACUUGAAAGCUACACUUCCUUACAGUCAAGAAUUCUCAACUCAGAAGCACCUUCAAAAAAUAAGGCUUCAUAGCACAGCUGGUAAUCAAAAGCCCCUA